AUGGCGCAUCUCAGUAUGCCCCUUCAAGGACUGAACAAAGUCGACAUCGCCUGCAUUGAAGCGGCUAGAGAAUACCUCCCAGAUCGCGUCCCGAGCAACGAUGAACUGACAACUUCUGGAUAUGAGAGCGAGAACCCCUUACGGCGCUUGUUCGAUGACGAAAACAUCUUCACUGAGGGUGGCGUAGGCUUUCGGGAAGGGAGAGAAACAGUCUUGAGACUGAAGUUUCGAAUUCUGCAACUCAUUGCCGAUCUGUUCCCUGAGAGCGAGAUCGAAGAGUCUUCACUCCGAGUGCUUGGUAUGGGCUCUUUCAAUAUCGUCGUAGCUGUCACAUUACAACACGGGGCGGAGCGACGUGACUCCGGGGUCGACUUUAGCGCUAGAGUGUCAAGAUUCCUUGGCAUACCUCCACGAGUCCGUAAGUUUGCUUUGAGAAUCCCAAGGGACAAGAAGGGAGACAUGGAUGGUCCUCCUGUGAGCGACGUUGCUGGCGACAUUGUUACUCAACGCGUUAUCAGCUCCUGCCUAGGGCUACCCAUACCCAAGAUUGAGAAGUACGAUCUUGGUCCGACAAAUGCCUUGGGACGGCCAUAUACCCUGCAGACCUUACUACCUGGCAAGAACUUACAUGCAUUGUGGCUAGAGCUAAAUUCGCAACAGAAAGCGUCGGCCAUCCAGCAGAUUACGCAAACAGUGGAAAAGAUUUCAGCCGUCACGACGCCCGCGGCUGGGUUCAUCUCGCUGAGUAACUUGACCUCAGGAAGCUCAGCUAUAGCAUUAGAUCAAUUCCCCGUUCCCACGGACAAAGAAGCGAAGUUACGACCACACUUCACUCAGCCCAGCCAGAGUCCAGCGCCAUCUCAAACACCUUUUGGGUAUCUGAUUGAUCAUUGCCAGCGCUGGCAGAAGUACGAAGAAGAGAUUGGACGUGCGAGUCGAAACAAGAACAUGUGGCAAAUCAUGAUCGCCGUUGCGAAAGCUCUAGAUCGGCGCGGAUGGCUGGGGCAGCGCUUUCAUCUUACGCAUGGCGACUUGUUUCCCCGCAAUAUACUCGCUAAGAUCACAGGGCCAGAGACUGUGGAGAUCACAGGUAUCGUAGACUGGGAUAUGGCUUGCUUCGCACCCAAAUUUGUGGCCCUUCGACCCCCGUUCUGGGCGUGGGCAGGUCACUCGAUGGAUGAGAGAGACGAAGAUUUGGCAACGUACGAGCCGCCUGAAGGAAAGUUCAAGACGUUGAAGCAGGCUUUUAGGAGCGCAGCGUCAGAAGAUUUCAUCAUAUUCGGUCUUUCGCGCGAGAGUGCCAUCGCGAGAAAGCUGUUUAGGGUGGUCAACAGUGGAUUGCUGGGCGACCGUCGGUAUCUGGCGCUUCAGCUGGCAGAAGAGUGGAAUGCCUUGUAUCCAGAGGAUAAGAUUGGUGAUCUUGAAGCAGAGUGGAAUUGA